AUGUCCGAUCUCUCCUCGGGGAAGACACUCAAUGCCACCAAAGUCCAGCCUGUAGAUGCCAACUCCAACCCCAUCCAUGAAGCCAAUAACGAAGUAGCCGAGCUAUAUGGUAUAUCAGCAAAUCCCAUCAUAGUGGCAGCACAAACCCAAGAUUCUCAGCUGUGGUCAUACGUUUUUUGCCUCGACUGUCUCAUCUGCCUUGCGCGGGACACAGAAGUCAAGUGUCCUGUUGGUUGUUCUUACACGACUGCUCUCACCGAGGCCGGUAUUUCAGGGCUAACUACAAAUUACACUGUGCCGAUAAAAAAAUAUCCCGGAACGAACAUCCCUUCCCCAUUGCCUGUUAUGCCACCAGGGUAUGGCCAUCAGAAUGGAGCACAAAGCAGGGCAGGCAGCAGCCCCAUACCAAUGGUGUGUUGUACCUGUCCUAAAAUUCCGGCCAUGGACAUGUGCAGCAACCAGGGCCAUCAAUUGAUUCCUGAGGACCAGGCACGGGACAUCCUACGAGGCCAGCUGCAGAGCAACCUGGAGGUGGCCCUCAAGCAACUGCGACACACAAUGGCCAUGAGAGCAGCCAUGAAGGAACGGCUUGAGCGAACAGUGCUCAGCGUGGAGAAGUUUGUGGAAGAACUUAGGGGAAAGGUUGAAGGGGAAGAGCUUGAGGAAGCAGUAUUACAGGAGCACCUCACCAACCUGACUAUGAUCAGUGAGACGCUGUCCGAAAAUAAUUCAAUCGCGCAUUUAAUUGAUUCCCUCCAAAUAGUUCAUUCUUAUACUUCAAUAAUCACCAAUCAGUUCAGUCAGUGUGCUGCUGUUACAGCAAUCAACCAUGCAACCGAAGCAAUCGUCAUAAAACUGAAGCAGUCUGCUCUGGAUUCUUUGUUAUCCACCAUAGGCUUUAGAAAUGAAGAACCCUUCGUCAUGACCUCCUCCCUGGAAGAGCAUGCUAUGUAUGGGAAUAAUGCAAAUGUGCUGCUACUCUAUAUGCUGUCUGACCUUCUGUCAUCUCGAAUGUUACAGCUGAGUUCUGUUAGUCCCAUGAGCCCCCUCAGCCCUAACCACCCAUCACCUCUAACUUCUUCCAGCUCAAUGCAGUCACCCUUGGCCACAGCUGUCACCUCUGCCCCAAUCCUUCAAGACAGCCUAGGCCUAGCUCACUCUAAAGUUGGAGAAAUGAAGACUCAUGAAAUGGGUGGCAUGAAUAUCGAGCACAUAUUGCAGAUGACAGAGGCCAUUGAGACAGGAUCACUCUUAAAUACAACAGAUGGAAUGACGCCGAUAUCUAUAGGUGCCUCUGCAGUGGGUUCCAAUGCAGUACCUUCUGCUCUUUCUUUGGGGCUAUCCAAUCUCUCCCUCUUGGUGUCAGAAAGCACAGAAAAUGGGAAGGAUGAUGCAGAAUCUUUAACAGACAAAAAGGAGGUCUCAUCAUCUUAUGUUGAUGCUGCCAAAAAGCCAGCCAAGCCCACCCCUCCUCCUGAGAAUUCCUCUAAGCUAACCAUUGCCAAUGCUCUCCCCCCCAUAACAAAGCCAAGUAAAUUCCCGCACUGCUGGAUGGUGCUGUCAAUCAAUGGGGUGACAGCUGGACGCAUUAUCUUCGAGUUGCGGCCUGAUAAGGCCCCAAGAAUGUGCGACAAUUUCAUUGCACUUUGUACAGGCAAGAAUGGCUAUGGCUACAAGGGUACACACUUCUUCAGGAGUGGGGAGGGAUUCCUGGCAGGUGGGGAUGUGGAGAAUGAUGAUGGCAGUGGUGGGUACUCAGCCUUUGACAAGAAAACCUUUGAGGCUGACCUGUGCCCCCUCAAGGACGAGGUGGGUAUGGUGCGCUUUAAGGGCAUCGGCACCACAGAUGCUGGCCGUGGCAUGAUUGGCUCACAGUUCAUGAUCUGGUGUGGCGAGCGUGAGUUCAAGAAAUUUGCAUACAGUCUGGUCUUUGGCAAGGUGGUGGACGGCCUGGAUGUGGCCAAGAAGGCUGCUGCCAUCAAUGUCCACCGUGUGUCUGUUAAGGUGGAGGAUUGCGGUGCAAGAGUCUAGAUGCUUUCUGUUCCCUGUGUUUUCUGUCAGUGGUAAAUUGGUUUGUCUUGUUCUCUAUUCAGCCUAAGAAAAAAAUGUUUAGGGGAAAUACAGGUCCAAAAGACACAAAACUUAGUUUCCUCCAAAUGUGCCUUACGAUGUGCCUUUUUAUUUUUGUGGCAUUACAUGUUUCCAAUUUCCCUUUUCCAAAUACAAAAUGAGUAUAGACGAUUUCAAAGGAGGAAUAAUUGCCAGUAAUUGGAAAACAUGUUCACUUGUUACAGAUAUAACAGGUGCAUUCGGAAGGUAGAUAUAUUUUACAAAUUCUGUAGAACCAAUGAAAAAAAGGGAGGAAGAAAUUAUUUUUAUUUUUUUCAAAUCAAAAUAAAUAGGUAAAGCCAAAAUAUUUGAAGAGAAUACUAAAAUUACACUAAGCGGUACUUUUACAAUGAUUUUAUAUUGUUAUUAGUAGUGGCAGUAGCAACAUCGAUAUACUCUGUUAAUAUCAUUAAUAUUGAUAGUAAUGAUAUCUUCAAAAUUAGUAAUAUUAUGGUCAUUAUCAUUAUUAUCAUUAAAAUUUUUGUUAUUGAAAUAGCUCCUACCACUUAUUCUAUGAUAAUUAUCACUUAUAUUAUUAUCAUUGUUAU